AAUAGUCGUGGGUCGGUGGGUGAGAAUGGUUUUCGGAGAAUUAGAUCCAUGCCGUGGCGUAGAAGGAUAAGGCCUGCAUUUCGAAAGUAUUGGACUGUUUAGGUGGACUUCUUUGCCUCUAAAGCGCACGAGAAUCGAUUACAUUUCUGCUGUUUUGUGAGCUUUUCAGGGGCGCUAUGAAUGCUUUGAAUUUCUGCGGGGGAUCCAACAGUGGAGUCUAUCCUCUACACAGCUUCAACUCCGCCUGUUUCGACCACCACCAGAUGGCAGACCAGUACCAGGUUUAUUCAUUGGCCAAUCCCUCCUCGAUUAACACGUUCUCUGUUGCUGAAAGACUUGCCGAGUUGAUCCUGGAGGCCCGUUAUGGGAACCAGCAAAAGCAACGUCGGAGCCGCACAGCCUUCACUGUGUCCCAGCUACAGGCUCUAGAGAAAGCCUUCCAACAGACCCAGUACCCUGAUGUAAGCAUGAGAGAAAGACUGGCUGUCUGCAUCAACUUGCCUGAAGCUCGCAUUCAGGUGUGGUUCAAGAACAGAAGAGCAAAGCUUCGUAAGGGACAGCGAUGCUCCCCUCUUCGCAGAGAGCAAAGCCUGGAGGAACCACAUCAGACCAAGGCAGGAGGGGAAGAGAGCACUACUAAGGACUCCAAAACACAAAGCAAAUUCGCUCCUCUCUGGGAAGUCAGUGAUGCUCCUACCAUUUCUUGUCCUGGAGACGCCAUUGCAACUCAGGUCCACACAAGAUUACAUUAUCCUCCCGUUUUUCCCUUUGUGUAUGGAGAGCGGAACCACCUUCCACAUCAUCAUGCUUUAGGGAUGUUGUCAGCUGGCCUACAUUUCACCCCCAAAUUCUGGCCCAUUCUACAGCAACACCGCCCGGCCUUAGGAGUUGCCCCACCGGUUGGUAAAAACUGCAGCCUUUCCCUUCAGACUUUCUUUCCCAGUAAAGCUGUACCCCACCCCAAUUUGGGUCUAUAACUUCUCUGCAGUGUGUAAUGGCAAAGAGGGACUGGUACACUGGUGCACUAGUAUCAAUACGGACACAUAAACUACUGAUUGUAUACUUUGACACUGUACAUACUGUAUGUAUGUGUGAAGGACCUCUGACAAGUGAUUAUGUCUGUAGAUGAUUCGAUUGAUUAAGAAACACUCAAGGUAUGUUGUGAGCAUUCAGGAUCGCAAUCAGGAGUGGAUUGGUACAUACUUCAUUUGCAUAGAGAUGUUACAGUCAGUUUUUACUCACUUAUGACAAGCACUUAGGAGAAUAGAGAAUUGAGAUGUGAUUUCGGGCACUUUUUUCACAUCAUAUAUUCAUUUGUUCAAGACAAUUUUCUGUAAUGUCUCAAGGUAUGAUUUAAAAUAUAUAUUUAACUAGGCAAGUCAGUUAAGAACAAAGUCUUAUUUACAAUGACAGCCU